AUGUUCCAAGUCAAGACCCUCCUAACCCUCCUCCUCUCCUCCUCGCUCACCCUCGCCCUCCCAACCGAGCUCGUCGACCGCCAAUCCUGCGCCUACACCUGCGGCAGCGUCUGCUACAGCUCGUCCGCCGUCUCCGCCGCAAGAAGCCGCGGCUACAGCCUCGAGCAGUCCGGCAGCGACGUGAACAACUACCCGCACGUCUACAACAACUACGAGGGCUUCGACUUCAGCGUCUCGCCGACGUACUACGAGUUCCCGAUCAUGAGCUCGGGGAGUAUCUAUAACGGCGGCUCGCCUGGUGCGGACCGCGUCAUCUUCAAUGGGAACGGGCAGCUUGCGGGCGUUAUUACGCAUACGGGGGCCAGUGGGAAUAACUUUGUUUCUUGCUAG